UCUCACAGGCGGCCCCCCAAUGCCGCCGCACACAAUCCCCCACAGCAACCAAGGCAAACCAGCACGAUGCGUCGCGAGGGUCGCCAGCACGGGUGGGUGUUCGCCGUCGACCGCAGCCUGGUGGACCCGGAGGGCAAGUCCCGCACGCGCGCCGUGCAGGUCGAGGGCGCCGCCGCGGCCAACGGCGGGUUCGUCAAGGCGCCGCGCAAGCCCACCAACCACUCCAAGCCCACCGUCGGCCGCGCGUACAAGGGCCUCAUCGGCAAGGGGGAGGCCGGAUCCGGAAGGGGCAGGAGCAAGUUCAAGCACGACGAGGUCAAGAUGUACUACCUCGAGGACGAGGUCCAGGGCGCCGACGACGCCUUCUUCGAUGCGAUGCAGGAGUUCUACUUCUGUCGUUAGGUUGCGCCGGUGGGCGUGGCCGCAUUGCCAGCAGGAAGAGUAGGGAGAUCGAUGUGAAGCUUUUUGCGUCUCUGGAGUGAGUCUGAAUCUGGAUGUGUUUUUUGGGAUGUGAAUAUGUGUUGCUUCGGUGAAUAAACUACGCUUUGUUGUCAGGAGGUUAAUUGUUUGGGAUCUCGAUUGUAAUUCAGAAUCGGAAAUCAAUCUUGAUCUCCCAAGUCCAAAUUGUAAAGUUGAAAUUUCGGCCAUGUGAGCUUUACUGUUUUGAAUCCUGAUCGUUUUGAAA